CUCAGUCUACCUUCGCCACACUCUGUACUCCUGUAUUUGUAACCUCUUUCUCUGUCUCAUGUUGGUUUCCAGUCCUGCUUCUUCGGGUUUGUUCCUUUAUGUUUUGGGAUUUAUCUGUCAGUAGUUCCUAGGUUAGUUUCUCUGGUUUGGCUUUAGUUCUUGUACCUUGCUCCCUGACCAAACUGUUUAAGCUUUGGUGUUCUUUGUUCUCUGUCAGGUUGAGCCCCAGUAUUUUUUCCUUUAGUUUCUUGUUCUGUAUUUAUUACAAAUCUAUUUGAACCUUUCCCUGGCUUGUGUGUUCAGCACAUUGGGUCCUACUUCUCCAUUUCAGCUGCACCUCUAAAUAAAAACUGAGCAUGACGACAGCACGUCAGGAGGAAAUAUGGGGGCUGCCCGUAAGGCUGUGAGUGACAGCAGCAUGUCAGCAGCAGCAGGGGGCGUGGCCUCAGUGGGACGAAUCCAGCUGAAGCUCAGGAAGACACUCAAGGGUCACCUGGCCAAAAUCUAUUCCAUGCACUGGUCAGCUGACUCUAGGCAAAUGGUCAGUGCAUCACAGGAUGGCAAGCUCCUCAUCUGGGACACCUACACUGGGAACAAGCUGGUUGCUGUGCCACUGAAGUCAGCCUGGGUGAUGAGCGUCGCCUUCGCCCCCUCUGGUAACCUGGUGGCCAGUGGUGGUCUGGACAACAUCUGCACAGUCUAUAACAUCAAGGCUGCCAGUCCCAAGACCCUCAGGGAGCUGGAUGCACACACAGGUUACCUGUCUUGCUGCCGUUUCCUUAGCGACAGUGAGAUUGUGACAUCCUCUGGUGACACCACCUGCUGUCUGUGGGACGUGGAAACUGGCAAGCAGAAGUCUGUGUUCACCAACCACAUCGGAGACUGCAUGUCGCUGGCUCUGUCCCCAGACAUGAACACCUUUGUCUCCGGAGCCUGCGACUCUCUGGCCAAGCUGUGGGACCUGAGGGCAGGGACCUGCAAACAGACCUUCACUGGGCACACCAGCGACAUCAACGCCAUCGCUUUCUUCCCCAAUGGCCAUACAGUCAUCACAGGCUCUGAUGACUGCUCCUGCAAGAUGUAUGAUCUGCGUUCCGACCAGGAGGUGAUCAGCUACCAGGACGCCAGCUUGAACGCCAGCGUCACAUCUGUGGCGCUGUCCAACUCAGGACGCCUUAUUUUCGCCGGCUACGAUGACUUCAACUGCCACAUCUGGGACUCACUGAAGGGAGAGAAAGUUGGUGUUCUAUCAGGCCAUGACAACAGGGUGAGCUGCACUGGUGUCCCUGCUGAUGGUAUGGGCGUCUGCACAGGAUCCUGGGACAGCUUCCUCAAACUGUGGAACUGAGGCAUCCCAGAAGACAACACUGGGAGGGGAAGAGGAGGAGAGGAAGGGGAGGAGCCCGGAGUAGAUUUGUCACAGGUGUCUGAGCUCAGACCUCAAUGUCUUCUGCUCUCCUCCUCUGCUUCUUCCAUGUAUACAAAGUACAAGAGGCUGCGAAUGAGACACAUUAUAAAUGGUAUCAGUUAAACAGUGCACAAUGCAUCCUGCUGUAUGUACAACAGAUUUAUUAUCAAUGAUUGCACAAAAAAUAAUGAAAAAAUGAGCAGAAAAUACAGAAAACACAGAUUUUUUUAACAAUGAAGAGGGAAAACAUGAAUAUGGAAAAACUAUACGAUUACAUAUUUAUUUUUUAUUAUUUUUGAGCUCAUUGACCUGUAAAAGAGCAUUGCACUUAUUUAGACCAAAGACUGAUACGUGCAUUUAGAUUAGGAUAACUGUACAGUCCCCAGUUAUCAACCAGCAGACUUUUAUCCAAGAUGGCUGCUGUGGUUUCAGUGUCUCUGUGAAAAUCUGAUGUACUCGUAUCAAUGAAGGCUCAAAGAUGAAGCCAGGCUGUGAGGCAGGAGGUGGCCUG